CCAGUCUAACACAUGAAAACAAGAGCUAUUCGUCAAGGCAAAUCAAUGGUGUUUCUCCCCAAUUUCUUGUUUCACAAACUGAAACUAAUGUAGAAGCACUUCUGUUCAACCAUGGAAAGCACUUCAAUUCUUCUCCACUCCACAGCACUCCCAUUUACUUCCUCCCUCACCGCCAAAACAAUCACCGGCGGCAACAAAAAUAAAUUCUCUCUCAGGCAUUUUAACAAACAUCUUCACUCAAAUGCCCCCAACGCCAACCUUCACUUAAAACACCCUCAUAAACCCAUCAAAUCUCCAUUUCCAUUGAAACUAACAAGAACCCAGUUGUUACCUCAUCUCAAUUGCUCAUAUUCCACCUCCCCUCAAUCCCACCCAUUUCCAGAACCCUUAAAAAUUCUCUCCUUUGAUAAAGUUAAACAAACCCUCUUGCAAGUAACUCCAUUUGAUAUAAUCAAAUUGUCUGCAGUGCUUUCAGUUGUGAUUGCAGCCACAAAAUGGGCUGUGAAUUUGUGUUUGAACCCGUUUUUUUGGAUGUAUUUUAGCUGGAGUUGGUUGUUUUGGCCUUGGUUUAUAGCUAUAUCACUUGCUUUUUAUGGGUUCUAUUGCUUUUAUAAGUAUUCAUUAGGUGAAGCUAGUGUCUUUGAGCAAAUUGGACUAGUUACUGCAGUGUUCACUUGGCUAACACUUGUGCCUCCUGCCUUUUUCAAUGGCUAUCUCCAAGGCUGGCCUGUUGUGUUCUUUUUUGUGUACCAGUACUUCUUUUUCUUCAAUGUUAGUGUGAGGAAACGGUUGUAUGGCGAUUAUUUUAUGCGGGAUCAUGAUCCUAAGUGGGAUGUGAAUCCGCCCAAAUGGUAUCGCGGUUUGUUCUGCAUUGGAGUCAUGGUUAGUCAUUGGCUUGCGGCGUUUGAAGGGCCGGAAUUGCACCUUAUUCCUGGUGGAUGGAGCAAUGCCGCGAUGUGGGUUUUGGUUGUUGUGACUUUGUUGAUGCAAUAUAAUUCGACGCUUUACCUUGCUAAGUACUCGGAGAAGGUAGUGGUUCCUACUGCUGUUGUGCAAUUUGGGCCGUUUAGAUGGGUCAGGCAUCCUAUAUAUUCUUCUACAAUGCUUCUGUUUGCUGCUUAUUUUAUUUCGCUUCGCGCGCCUUUGAGCUUGUUGUUUGUAGUAGCAGUGUGUUUGAUGUAUUAUGACCAGAAAGCGAAAAUGGAGGAGGCUCUGAUGAUUGAGACUUUUGGGGAGAGAUACUUGGAGUAUAUGAACAAAGUACGGUACAAGUUCAUUCCGUUCGUUUUUUAAUGCAUCCUCCGUGUAUGACAAUGUUUAAGCAACUAGAGAACUGAACCGUAGAGUGUACAAUUUUCCCUGCCAUCAAUAUUCAUAUGCUUUUCUUUGUUUCUA